AUGAACAAAUGGUUAGGAGAAUCUUUGACACCUCAUUUGAGAAUCCCCGACAGAGAAGAGGAGGAAGACGAAGAAGAGCAUAGGCAAGACGGAAUAUGUGGAUUCACCGAUCAGCAGAAAGCCAUCUUGCCUCUCCGUUCCGAUGGUUCUCUCUUUUUCACCGAUCCUUUGACACAUCAUCCUCCUGCCUGGAGAUAUGAUAUUAACCAUGAUGAUCAUCAUAAUCAUGGCCAAGAAGUGCCAAAGCUGGAAGAUUUCUUUGCCAACUCUCAUCAUCAAACCGAGUGUCCCAUAGACCAGAACCAAACUAAUGUCAAUUGCACCACCCUGGUUGACCGGUUGAACCCGCCCGGUUACCUUCUCCAUGAACAAACCGUAGUUACACCACAAUACCCGAACCUAAGCCUUGAUUAUGGAGCUUUUGAAAAAGACGGUUCGGUCUCGGUUUUCAAAUCUUGGUUAAGGCAAGGCACUCCAACAUUUCCACUCUCAAAUAUUUAUGUUGCUGAUGAAGAGGGUGGUACGAGCAACAAUACUAGUCAUUUUGGUAACGAAGAGACUCAUGAUUAUAACAACAAUGGCUCGAUGCUAUCGUUGGCUAUGAGCCACGGCGUUGGUUCUGAUAUGAUCAACAAAUCAAAUGUAUCUGUACCGGUGGAAGAACCGGUUAAGGUAGAUGAUGAGAAAGGAAAGAGGUUGACCAGUAAAUCUGUGGUGAAGGAAUCGGUUCCUCGGAAGUCGGCUAAUAGUGUCGGACAAAGAACGUCUCAGUAUCGUGGAGUUACAAGACAUAGAUGGACAGGGAGAUAUGAAGCUCACUUAUGGGACAAUAGCUGUAGGAAGGAAGGACAGACGAGGAAAGGAAGACAAGUGUAUCUUGGAGGGUAUGAGGAGGAGGAGAAAGCGGCGAGGGCUUAUGAUUUAGCGGCCAUGAAGUAUUGGGGUCCCACCAGUCAUUUAAAUUUCCCUCCGAGUAACUACGAAAAGGAGAUGGAUGAACUCAAAAACAUGACUAGACAAGAAUUUGUUGCCAUGUUGAGGAGGAACAGCAGUGGAUUUUCGAGAGGCGCUUCGGUUUACAGAGGAGUCACAAGGCAUCAUCAACAUGGAAGAUGGCAAGCUAGAAUUGGAAGAGUUGCUGGAAACAAGGACUUGUACCUUGGCACAUUUAGCACACAAGAAGAAGCAGCCGAAGCCUAUGAUAUCGCGGCAAUCAAAUUCAAAGGUGUAAACGCUGUUACCAAUUUCGACAUAAGCAGAUACGAUGUGAAGAGAUUAUGCUCAAACUCUGCAAUCAUUUAUAGUGACCAAGCUAAACGUCCUCCUACCAGCUCUGGGCUUGGCUAA